CUACUUGCUGGGAGGGAGAGACUAGUCGAGCAAGGUUCCCAAAUAGAAGUGAGAUUACAGCAGAUAAAGGGAAACAACCUGCUCAGCGGUUUUGAGCUCGAUCCACUGGCAGAGGCACUCGGUGUCGACAGGGAAUUAGUGAGAAAAAUCCAGAAUCCCGACGACAGGAGGGGUGAGAUAGUCCUUGUCGCGAGUGGGCUUCAGGUGCUACAAGCAUCACGGCAGAGUGAGCAGCUGGUACGAGAAAGAGAGGUGAGACAAGAAUGCCAAGAGGGAAGGGGAUGUCAAUCUAAUGUAUUAGAGGCUUUCUGCACCAUGAAGAUAAGGCAGAACAUUGGAGACCCCUUGCGUGCUGACUACUUCAAUCCGCGCGCUGGAAGGAUCACCACCCUCAACAGCCAGAAGCUCCCGAUUCUAAGAUUCGUUCAAAUGAGUGCCGUGAGGGCACUUCUCCGCCCGAAUGCCAUAGUGUCGCCACAUUGGAAUGUCAAUGCUCACAGCAUAAUGUACGCCUUGAGAGGAUGCAGCCGGGUGCAGGUGGUGGGACAUCGAGGCCGAACCGUCUUCAAUGGCGAGCUCCGUCAGGGUCAACUACUGGUAGUUCCGCAGUACUACGCGGUGACGAUUCAGGCACAACGUGAGAGCUUCGAAUGGGUCUCCGUCAAGACCAACGACAACGCCAUAGUCAACCAUUUCGCGGGGAAGACAUCGGCUCUCCGUGGCACGCCGGUGGAGGUGUUGAUGAACUCAUACCGCAUCUCCAGAGAAGAGGCCAUGCAGCUAAAGUUUAACCGUGGAAAUGAAUUGGCCCUCUUCGCUCCCAAGAUCGAGAGGGAAGCGAUCAGAACUUCGGUGUAAUGUAAUGAAGAGUGUGGCUAGAGGCGAAUAAGGCUGGGGUUCGAUGGAUAGAAACCUUGGAACAUGACUGGUUUGAAGGGAAUAAACGUU